AUGUCUGACUAUUGGGAUAACCGCUAUCAGGGUUCCAUUGAAGAACAUGAGGAAGCGCUAAGAACGUCCACUACCGUAUACGUUGGUAAUCUCUCUUACAAUGUCACGGAGGACCAGCUGUACGAGCUCUUCGGACGUGCCGGAGAAGUGAAGAGAGUGAUCAUGGGACUUGAUCGUUUCAAAAAGACACCAUGCGGAUUCUGCUUCGUAAUUUACUAUACUCAUUCGGACGCAUACAAUGCUAUUCGUUUCCUGCACGAUACCUUGUUGGGAGGACGCCCUAUUCGUGUGGAUUGGGAUGCAGGAUUCAAAGAAGGACGACAAUAUGGUCGUGGAAUGCAUGGAGGACAGGUAUAUGCUAUGAUUUGA